AUGAUCUCGAUUCAUUGCUUUCUUUCUCUCUCUCUUUAUGUGCCAGCUUUCUUUUAAUUCCAUUUCUCCUUUGUGCCCUGUCCAUAUGUCCUUGUGAUAUUUGCCCAUUAUUAAGCAGUAUAUACAGUAACUUCAUGAAGCCAUCUCUUCCCUAAAUGCCCUUCAGCAGCGGCUGCAGUUCUUGUUGAGAGCACACAUGGACUAAGGGAGGAGGAGACUGUGCUACAGAAGAAAAAAUGAUACUCUAGGGGGAGGGGGGCGAGCUUUUCCUUCCAUGGUGCAGAGUUGUUACUGAAAGGACAGGCAAACUGCAGGAUCUCGUUUCUGCUCAAGAAGAGAAGGCUAGAACAUUAGAACACACAAGCUUACCUGAUAGUCUUGCAUGUAAUAUAUAAAAUAAACUGAGAGGAAGGAAUCAAAAGCCAUCAGUAUGGAUUUUGUUAUGAAGCAAGCAUUGGGAGGUGCUACAAAAGACAUGGGAAAAAUGCUUGGGGGAGAUGAAGAGAAGGAUCCAGAUGCCCAAAAGAAAAUGGAAGAACAACAAGAGGCUCUACGUCAGCAAGAGGAUGAAAGGAAAGCAAAAUAUUCAAAGAUGGAGGCGGAGAGAGAAGUAAUGAGACAAGGUAUCCGGGAUAAGUAUGGCAUAAAGAAGAAAGAAGAAAAAGAAGCUGAAGCACAAGCUGCCAUGGAAGCAACAUCUGAAGGGAGUUUGACGCGUCCAAAGAAAGCAAUACCUGCUGGCUGUGGGGAUGAGGACGAGGAAGAGGAAGAAAGCAUUCUAGAUACAGUUAUUAAAUAUCUACCGGGUCCUCUUCAAGAUAUGUUCAAGAAAUAAAACACAGUAGACUGUCAGACUGUUUAAAAAUAAACAGAAAAGCAAUGGAUUCCCCCUUGUUUAGUGGGAGAAUUCAGUAUUGCCACAUGCUACCCUCCCUCCCGUCUCUAAACCUUUGCUCACUCUAGUCCCUCCACUUUCUUUUCUUCUUUCCUUUUGUACAUAGUUACAUACAGUAGACACUUCUCAAAGGAUGUCAAGAUUAUGAGCUGCAGUCUACGCAAUUUUAUUAUAAGCCAUAGUACAAUUGUAUGUUCAAUCUCGGCAGUUGUGUACACAAUCAACAUUAUACUUUUCAAUCAUGUAAAUUCAUUAUUAUCCAGUGAGAGUAAGUGGGUUGCUGUUGAUGUGAUACACAGUUUCUGGACAGCUUGUAAAUUAUCAAUAUUCAUUUGUUUCCGAAAGGCUAAAUGACAAACAAAGAGGCAACUUAUCGUUAGGAUGUAAGUGAAGUGUAGUCUCCAUCUCAUGUCUAUGUGACAGUAAGAGAAAAUUCAGAAAAUGAACCAUGUAGAGCUCCUAUGCUUGGGACUUCAUAAUGAACUGUAGAAAAGCCACGUAUAUAAUAUAAUGACUAUACAUUAAAGACAGACACCCUUUUCUAUUUAAUCCAAAAUAACGAUGCAGGAGCUUAUAAAGAAAUAUUUAAAGUGCUGUCUUUUUAGUUUAAUAGAAAAUGUACUUUUAAUAUCGUGGUUACUCAAUUUAUUUUCUAAUAAAGUUUCCUUUAAGUUGGUAAUUGCUAGAGGUGAUUGAGAUAGCACAAAGCUCCAAAUUAUUUGUACCAUGAUUAACAUUUCAAUAGUCACUAAUCCCGUAUUUUUCAAAUUUGUCCAUGUGCUGCAUCUUAAUUUGCAAAUAACAAUGCUGAGUGCUUCACUGGCAAACAGAAGAUAGCAGGGAUUCCAGCUUUGGAAGGAUUUAUGGCCGCACAUAUUGAAUGUAUACUGUGUCACUGGAUGAAAUCUACAUUUUACAUUGAGUAAUAAUUUCAUACCCUUAGUGUUUGCACAUGACAUUUCUAUAUGGAGUUCUUGGAAUAAAUCAGAAAACUGGAAAUCGUGAAAAACAAAUACUUUCAUGGCCAAGUUCUACCAGCAAAUGGUGUUGUGUUUUGAAUCCAUGUAAUCAGCUCCCAGUGAAUUUAAAGUGUAAUUUACAGAGGAUCUAGGAGUUAUGAACGAGGAUGUAAAAUAUAUUGAUGCAUUUAAUUUAAUGAAAAACUGCAGAAGUUAAACAAUUCAAUAACUAAAAUAAUGAAUGACAUUAGAGCCUGAUUCACCUCACACAAUAUAACACUCAUUAACACUCAGUGCGUGCCAACAUACAAAACACAAGCCCAAAACCCUAAUUCACUAUAAGCUGGCAAUUAAAGUACUGUAGCUUACAAUGUUGUGUCCGCAAAUUAUAUAAAUGCACUUUUCAACAUUUUAAUAAGCUGCAAAAGCAUUAACUUUGGUAAAUGUUACUAUUUUUAUGUAUUAAUCUCAUUUAUUUAUUUAACAAAUGUAACAUGAGGCUUUAAUGCAAGACCAAAGAGAAGCCUGGUUCAUUUGUUUAAUUAAUGCUGAAUAUCUCUGUCACCCUUCAUUGCUUUCUGUCCAUAAAUGUGUUUAAUCUCAGGUAAUUGAGGUAGUCUUUUGUAAUUUUCUUUGUCUACUAAUUAGGAAGGGGCGCAUCACAUUAAACAAGGCCUAAGGUUCUACCAACGAUUGAGUGCUAGAUUUGCAAUCUCUUCUGUUUCACAGUAAGAAAAAAGUGGAAUCAUCACCCUAUAAUUGUUUUUUAUUAGAGGGAAAAGACUUUUUAUUUUAUUUAUUUCUCUGUUUAUUUUUUCAUAAAUGACAUCUACCUUUAGACAAAGCCAUAUAAAAACAGACUGCAAUAUUAAUUUUGAAUGCUACUAUGUGUAAACGAGAAUAGCUCACAUGUUAAUUUGCACUGGAGUUUCUCAGUCUAUGUUUAGUGUGUGUUAGUUUAGUGUUUUCCCCUUCUGUGUCAGAGUAACACAUAUCAAUGCUGCUCUCAUGUCUCUUUUGACAAGCUUACUGAUAUACCGUUGUCAUGUAACGUUACAGAUUUGCUGUUGUGAACUAAGUGUACUGUCUUCUGUGUAUGCUACGUUAAUAUGUGUUUCCUCUCUAUGUUCGUAAAAUGUUUAGGUAACAGUCUUUUAAAAAUGUUUUCACAUAUAGAUUUAUCCGCUCAGCCAUAAUUUUGUGAUUAGCUGAAUCAUUUUGUAAUUUAAAGGCUCACAUACUCAGAUCAGAUGCAUGCUUCAAUCUCCUCAGUGACACGAGGAAGAUGUAGAGACUUUGUGAAUGUAUAUCUCAUUUGUAUUUUGCCUGCUACUCCUCAUUGCAUGAUCUCAGUUCAACUGUUCUUUUAAAAGUGGAAUCACAGCCAAUAAAAAAUAAAGUGAUUUCAUGUUUUUCUUA